UCGCCCGUCUCUUGUUUUCCGCCGGUCUGGAAGCAGCAGCAGCAGCAGCAGCAGGAGGAGGAGGAGGAGGAGGAUCGUUUGCAACGUCAGCGAGCCCCGCGGAGACCCCCCCCCAAAAAAAUAGGGUGCGCGGACGGAGGGAUGUGCGAACCUAGCAAACACGACUUGGUGACGGUCUUCAGGCGGCUCCGCGCCGUCGCCACGAACAAGUUAUGUUUUGACUGUGGAGCAAAAAAUCCAAGCUGGGCAAGCAUAACAUAUGGAGUUUUCCUCUGUAUUGACUGCUCUGGGACUCAUCGCUCACUUGGAGUUCACUUGAGUUUCAUUCGAUCUACAGAAUUAGACUCAAACUGGUCAUGGUUUCAGUUGAGGUGCAUGCAAGUUGGAGGAAAUGCAAAUGCUUCUGCAUUCUUUCAUCAGCAUGGCUGCAUCACAAAUGAUACCAAUGCCAAGUAUAGCAGUCGUACUGCACAGCUCUACCGAGACAAGAUUAGAUCUCUUGCAGCUCAGGCAACACGGAAAUAUGGCACAGAUUUAUGGAUAGAUGGCUCCGGAGCCCCUCCUUUAUCACCUCAGGAGAAAGAAGAAGACUUCUUUGCCUCUCAUGUCUCUACUCAGGUUAUUGACCAGGAAUCAUUACCACAAGAAACAAUUAAUCCACAGCAGAAUUCUUCAGAAAACAAUUCAGAAAGCAAAGAUGAAGAUCCAGAAUAUGGACCAAGUGUUGAUUACCUUAGUGUAUCGCCUGAAGCUUCUUUAGCCUACUUGGAGAAGGUAAAUACUUCAGGCACGGCACCUAACAAAGAAAUCAGUUCUGUGAUGAAGAAGAAACCAAAUCAAGUAAAAAAGGGAGUUGGAGCUAAGAAAUGUGGUUUGGGGGCCCAGAAACUGAGCAGCAAGAGUUUUAACGAGAUAGAAAAACAAGCACAGGCAGUAGAUAAACUGAAGGAAGCUGGCAAAGCAAAAGAGAAGGAAGAACCGCUGGUAUCAUCUUUACGACUGGCCUACAAAGAUCUUGAAAUUCAGAUGAAGGAUGAAAAAUUAAAUGUGCCUGGUAAAAAGAAAACAGAGAUAGAAAGACUUGGCAUGGGAUUCAGUAAUAGUAGAAGUGGUAUUUCCCAUUCGGUAAGUUCAGAUAUGCAGAUCAUACAGCAAGAAACACCGACAAGUGCAAAAUCGAGAAAAAAGUAUAGUGAUGAAGAUGAUUUUUAUUUUUCUUGCACCAAUUCAAGAUAUUUUGAUUCGCCUGACUUGAGAAGUAGCGCUUUUUCUAAAUGGGAUGACAAUUUUGAUUCCUUCUGGAAGAAAGAAAGCAGCAGCAGCAGAGACAUUGAUAUGAUUUUGUCUUCCAAGCCUACAAGCUAUUCAGAGAGGUCAUCAUCUCGUAGGAAACCAGAGCAUGAAAACUCUGCAAGCACAGAUGAAGCACAAAAGAAAUUUGGCAAUGCAAAAGCUAUUUCAUCAGAUAUGUAUUUUGGAAAGCAAGACCAUGCUGAAUAUGAAGCUAGAGUUCGGUUAGAAAGACUUUCCGGAAAUGCUGCCAUAAGUUCAGCUGAUUUGUUUGAAGAUCAAAAGAAACAGCCAUCAGGCAAUUACAAUAUUUCAAAUGUCUUGCCUGCUGCUCCUGAUAUGACUCAGUUUAAACAAGGAGUGAAAUCUGUUGCUGGAAAGCUUUCUGUCCUGGCAAACGGAGUCAUGACUUCUAUUCAGGACCGCUACGGUUCUUAACCAUUAUGGUUCAGGUGACUGGAUAUCUAGAAGAUUUUUUUUAAAAAAUCAUUUCUAUGUCUACCAAUAAUUAUAUUGCAGACUAACAUGAAGGUCCCUUUAGUCUGCAAAAUAUGUAAUCCUAAUUUCUGGCACUUGUAUAUUUUUAAUGGGAGCCUUUUUUCUUUUUUUUUUUUGGCUCUUCAUAAUACUCAUUUAUUAUUUCUGUUAUUUUUGUUUCCGCUGCCUUAUUGUCCUACAAGUUAAUUGGCUACAUUGAAUCUGCUUCUAAAACAGAGCAAGAAGCAAUAUGGGAUCCUAUUCACUUUCCCAGAAUAGUACUAGGCUCAGAAUUAAUUCAAUUUUAUAAAUCUGAGGGAUAAGUGGUUAUUUUAAGUUAUGAUUGACCCGGUCAUAAAUAACUUUUCAGAGUCUCUCUGAAAAGGAGAGUGGCAGUUAAUUUCUUGAAAAGCGCUUAUUUUAGGAGGAGGGGGGACGUUAAUCCUAUCAAGACAUUUCACUCUGUGGGGGUCCAAGUAAUUGUUGAAAGUUACAAAUAUAUAAGAAUAAGAAGGUUUAAGAAACACAGAAGCUUAUAAGAUGUGCAAAUUCUUAUGUAUGUGAGAGAUAAUGGUGGGAUCUGAUCAGCACAAAAAUAAGGUGUAUAAUUUUGUGUCAGAUUGCAUUCAGUAAAUAAUAAAUAGAUGUGCACAUAACAGAUAACAAAGUUAGUAGGUGCAAUAGAAAAUGGAAUAGUUUUUGUUGCAUUAGUUUUCCUUUUAAGUUGGUUUCCUGAGGAUGAGACACAUGUCUCCUUUAUUUAAAAUAGCAUAAGCUUGACAUAUUUAUUUGUCACAUUUAAUUUCAUUCCGUAAGUGCUUAACUGCAAUCAAUAUGGUGUCUGAAAUAAAGAAUAAAUUGUAGAUAUAUAUAAAGUAAUAAGGAGACAUGCUCUCUGAAUCUAACCACAUAGACCAGGGGUGUCAAACUUGCGUCAUCAUGUUGUCAUCACAUGAUGUCUCGUGACUUUUCACCCCUUCGCUAAAACAGGUGGGCGUGACCAGCACAUGAUGCAUCCAGCCCUCAGGCCGCGAGUUUGACAUCCCUGACAUAGACUGAUAGAAUGUUUAAAUAAUGAAGAGUUCUUGCAUCUGUGCAUAAAAAACUUUGCCGGCUGUGGCUGUGUUUUAGACAACCGGGAACCUCAGUUAUUUGAAACAAUAAAUUUAAAAUGUUUAAUAUGGAGUCAGAAAUUUUAUUUUUUCCUUGAACAGCAGGCAUUUCAAUAUAAAAAUCAGAAUAAAUUUUGAUUUUACAA